AUGCACCUCACGGUGGUCACUGCACCUGACAGGCCACUGCUCAGCAGACAUCCCACAGGGUUCUUCAGCUCCAGGGAGAAAUGUAUCCGACGUGGAAAAACUUUGAAAAGCAAGUCUCCAGCCCCGCCUGCCCCGUCCUCUUCAUCGGUGAUAAAGCUCUUACAAUCAAAAUACCAUUAUAAAGAGGAGGCUGAAAUCAUCUGUGAUAAAGUUCAAGUUAAACUCAGCAAGGAAUGUUUUCAUCCUUACAGUACGUGUAUUACCGACCUAAGAACUUCACAUUGGGAAGAAGCAAUCCAGGAAACAAAAGGUGGCGCAGCCAAUAGGAAACUGGCUGAAGAAUGUUACUUCCUUUGGAAAUCUACACGUUUACAGCAUAUGACACUAGCAGAAGAUGUCAAAGCCAUGCUCACUGAACUUCGAAAGGAGGUCCGCCUACUUUUAUUAACAAAUGGGGACAGACAGACCCAGAGGGAGAAGAUUGAGGCUUGUGCCUGUCAGUCCUAUUUUGAUGCUGUUGUUGUAGGUGGAGAGCAGAGAGAGGAGAAGCCAGCACCGUCCAUAUUUUAUUACUGCUGCAAUCUCCUUGGAGUACAGCCUGGGGACUGUGUGAUGGUUGGUGACACGUUAGAAACUGACAUACAAGGAGGCCUUAAUGCAGGGCUGAAGGCAACGGUCUGGAUCAAUAAAAAUGGAAUAGUGCCACUGAAGUCCUCCCCUGUUCCACAUUAUAUAGUUUCUUCUGUGCUAGAGUUACCUGGUCUCUUGCAAAGUAUAGACCAUAAAGUCAGCAUGUCAGCUUAAAGCACAUAAAAGGGCAUGUUUAUAAAUGUUAGAGUCAGUUUACAGGGUUUGAACUAAGAAAAGUUAGGGCAUUCUGCUUACUAUGGUCCAGUUCUAAGAAUAAUUUUACUUAAGAUUUUUUUUUUUUUUUG